AUGUAUCUUGAACCGAAGUUCCGGCCGUUCCUGGAUUACUGUGCACUGCAGACGACACAGACCAGCUAUCCCUCUACCCUCCUGACGAUCAGGACGGUGGUCCAGUUCGCCGACAUAACUGCCAUUGACGGGAAGGUUUUUUCGGGCGUGCUGCAGACGAGGACGGUGACGGAGCUGAAGGCAGAAGCCACCACAGAACUGCACACCUUCUCUCGACAGACGUUUUCGUGGCAGACUCCGAUACCGAGCGAGACGAAACCGAACGAGACGGAGCCCAGGGCCACAUCGGCGACCAGCGCACGAGAGCCCUCCCCGGAGACGAGCAAUGCGUGGAUAGCCGGGCCCGUGAUCGGCGUCUUGACGGCAAUCCUGCUCGUGCUAGCCGGGCUGUGGUUCCUCCGACGUCGUAGGAGGCAAGGGCUAGAUCGCUCCGCGGCCGGCGAAAACGACGACGGGAAGGAGGAGUUCCUCAAGGCGCAGCUCCAUUCAGACUGUGUCCCGCGGCAGCCCGCGACGGAGCUCGAGGGUUCGUAUCCAAAAACCACGCCCGAGGUUAUGACCAACGAGAUUGCCGCUCAAGAGAUGCCCGUCUCGGAAGGCGGGCAUGUGGAAGGGGUGACGGGGAGAGGCCGAUAG